UUUUGAUUUGCUACAAAAUCAACACGGUUUUGAAGCAUAUCAAAAACAGUGUUGUUUGUUAAUCGAGAGAAAAAUAUUUAUAGAAAAAAACCCCCAAAAAAUAUAUAUAUCAUAUAAAAAUUCUCUUGAUUUCACCAACACAAAAAACUUCAUUUCAUUUCUUUGGAUUAUAAGCUUCUUCUGAUUCUUUGCCAUUUUCUCUCACAUUUUCAUUCUUUGAUUCUCUCAGAGAAAACACAAAAAUAACCGAGGAGAUGGUGGGCCCCUCAUCUUGCACCGAUGUUGAUCGUGCAGUGGAUGAAAAUGGGGCCUCAGAUGAUGAGGAAGCACCUUUAUUAACAACAGCAGAGUGUCGUAUUUGCCAAGAGGAAGAUUCUGUUGAUACUCUGGAGACACCUUGUGCUUGCAAUGGUAGUCUUAAGUAUGCUCACAGGAAGUGUGUUCAACAUUGGUGCAACGAAAAAGGUGACAUCACUUGUGAGAUAUGCCACCAAUCUUACCAACCUGGCUAUAUUGCUCCCCCUACCCGACCUUACUUGGAAGAGACUACUAUAGAUAUCGGGGGCGGAUGGCAGAUAUCAGGGACACCUAUGGACAUGAAUGACCCACGCCUCUUGGCAAUCGCUGAAGCCGAACGCCAAUUUCUGGAAGGCGAAUUUGAGGAUUAUAAUGCAUCAAAUGCCAGUGGAGCUGCAUUUUGUCGCUCAGCUGUUUUAAUUUUAAUGGCUCUUCUGCUACUACGACAUGCAGUAACUGUGCCAGAAUCCGAAGGAGAUGGAAAUGAAGAUGCAUCUACUUUCUUGACUCUUUUUUUGCUUCGGGUUGCUGGGUUUCUUCUACCGUGCUAUAUCAUGGCCUGGGCUAUCAGCAUCUUGCAGCGUCGGAGGCAAAGACAGGAGGCUGCCGCAUUGGCGGCAUCACAAAUUGCUUUUGUGCUGCAAGCUGGACAAAGACAAGGCCUACACUUUGCAAUAGCUUCUGCGGCCCUACCACCAGCAACAUCAUCGGCACAAGCCCCAGCAACCGCUGCAACUCCCAUGGUGGCUCCACAGGAGGACAUUGUUUGAUCUAUCAAAUGCCAAAAGAGUCGCAUAAAGGGAGGAAAUAGACUCUCGAAAUAACAUAUUGUUGUAACCUUUAUUUUUUCUAUUUUGUAAGUCAGUGUUUUAAGUUUCAGAUGAAUCUUAAUUUCUGAUGUAUAAAGUUAUUAUGUCAUGAGUUUUUUAGACAAAAGUCUUUAUGACAUUUUGAGUGUGUUCUUAAUCUAAUUCAGGCUUACCUUCUACA